AUGGCUGCAGAGUUUAUAACAUUUUCUUUCUUGAAAAUGUCGUUUGGCAAGAAACUGCUCCUCCAUAUUCUGUGGUGUUUCUCCUUGAUCGGUCUCAGUUCCCAAACACGGAAACAUUACAGUUUUGUUGUGAGAGAAGCCCAAUAUACAAGACUCUGUUCCACAAAAAACAUAUUAACUGUGAAUGGAUAUUCUCCAGGACCAACUAUCAGAGUCCACAGGGGAGACACAAUCUUUGUUAAUGUUUAUAACAGGGGCAAACACAAUAUCACUUUACACUGGCAUGGAGUGAAGCAACCAAGGAAUCCAUGGACAGAUGGUCCUGCAUACAUAACUCAAUGCCCCAUCCAACCUGGAAGGAAAUUUAGACAGAAGUUGAUUUUUUCUACUGAGGAAGGGACCAUAUGGUGGCAUGCUCAUAGUGACUGGGCAAGAGCCACUAUUCAUGGGGCUAUCUAUGUCUAUCCACAAAAGAAUAGUACCUACCCUUUUCCCAAGCCUGAUGCAGAGAUUCCUAUCAUAUUUGGAGAAUGGUGGAAGAGUGAUGUCAAUGAGGUCUUCAUAGAAUCUAUUCAAACUGGAGGAGCCCCUAACAUAUCUGAUGCUCUCACUAUAAAUGGUCAACCCGGGGAUCUGUACCCUUGCUCAGCAUCAGAAACAUUCAAGUUAAAUGUAGACCAAGGCAAGACUUAUCUCCUCCGCGUUGUCAACGCGGCAAUGAAUCUCAUUCUCUUUUUCUCUGUCUCCCAACACAACCUCACUGUUGUUGGUGCUGAUGCAAUGUACACGAAGCCAUUGACAAGAGAAUACAUAUGCAUAUCACCGGGGCAAACAAUGGAUGUAUUAUUGCAUGCCAACCAAGAACCUAGUCAUUAUUAUCUGGCUGCAAGGGCAUAUUCGAGUGGGGCUGGAGUUGCCUUUGCUAACACCACAACCACUGCAAGAGUAGAGUAUAAUGGGAAUUACACUCCACCUUCACCUCCUUCAUUACCAUACCUUCCAAACUUUAAUGACACAAAAGCCGCUUUUGACUUCAUUUCAAGCAUGAGAGGCUUACCUCAAAGUUACCCCCACUCAGUCCCAACAAAUAUCACAACUCAAAUAGUUACCACUCUUUCUGUCAACACGUUCCCAUGCCCCAAUGGAAGAACCUGCCAAGGACCAAAUGGAACCAUUUUUGCUGCUAGCAUGAACAACAUUAGUUUUGAGACGCCUAACUUUGACAUUCUAGAAGCCUAUUACUACCAUAUCAAUGGGGUAUUCAAAACAGGAUUUCCUAGAUUUCCACCAUAUAUAUUUAACUUCACUGCGGAUUUUUUGCCUCUAACCUUGAAUAUUCCAAGGCAAGGGACAAAGGUUAAUUUUCUGAACUAUGGUUCAACGGUGGAAAUAGUUUUCCAAGGGACAAACGUUGUUGGGGGGAUAGACCAUCCUAUGCAUCUGCAUGGAUUCAGUUUCCAUGUUGUUGGAUUUGGGUUUGGCAAUUUCAACGAAAGCAAAGACCCCAUGAAUUUCAAUCUCAUUGAUCCUCCUUAUUUGAAUACAGUGAUUGUGCCAAUAAAUGGAUGGGCUGCAAUAAGGUUCGUGGCUACCAACCCUGGAGUAUGGUUUAUGCAUUGCCAUCUAGAACGCCACCAAUCUUGGGGCAUGGAGACAGUGUUUAUUGUGAAGAAUGGCAAGUCUUCCAAUGAAACAUUACCUCCUCCACCGCCAGACAUGCCACCAUGUUGA